AUGAUGUUCUUGUCUUCUAAAUUUUAUUAAUUGCUUUAAAUAAUUUUUAAUCCUCUUUUGUUUAUUGAUGAUAUUUCUGUCAAUUUCAAAAGACUCGACACUAAAAUGGUGCAGGUAAUAAAAUAAACAAUCAUAGAGACAAUUAGGAUUUAGGUAUUUAUCUUCCAAUUAUAUUUUAGAUACUACUUCAGUUGA